AUGCGUAAAGACUUCGCUGUGAUUGUGCAGCUUGGUUUAGCGUUUGCUUUCAUUUUCUCCGCAUUCAACUCUCAAGGACUUAUUGAGGUCGGUUUUCCUAAUUUCUUCGAAGAGGUUCUGAUAAAAAAUUAUGAUACCUUUUCAAUUUUUGUUCUUUUUCAAAGGUCUUCAAUAAAUUAUGCAUAUUUCAGCAAUUUUUUUCAGAUUUCUGUGCUUCGCGGGAUUUCGAAAGCCGCGCCUGAAAGUGGAAUUACAGAAAAAAGUGGAUAUUACAGGUAUGGAGCAUUUUUAAAUAAAGACGUUUCAAUUCGAUUUUAGUUUAUCGAUAAUUUAUUUUGUCUUCACCAUCUCCAACCUUUUUGUUCCUCCGAUCGUACAAGCGCUUGGAUCGAAAUGGUCACAGGCUAGUUUUUUUUUUCCUUUUUUGAAUUUUAAAUGAGCGUCAGUUUCAGGUAACCGGAGCCCUUUGUUACCUAGUUUUUAUGCUGGCCUUCUUACGUCUUAACGCAUUAUUGCUUUACGCUGGAUCAGCUCUCCUGGGAUUUGGCGCCGCUUGUUAGUUAAUUUGAAUUUUAUCGUUUUCUCACCUAUCGUGUUUAGUACUGUGGACUGGUAACGGAAUGUUCCUCGUUCAAUUCUCUCGAAAUGGAAAACUGGCCCGGAACUGUGGAGUAAUGUGGGCGAUGAUCCAGUCGUCGUUGAUCAUUGGCGCCAUUUUUCUCAUUUUCGUUUUGCGAACUGGGUCAGUUACAGAGUUUAAUAGAAGUUCAGGGAAGAACUAUAGAACAUUCAAUGUGAAAAACGAGUUUUUGUAGAUUGAAACUUUCGAAGUAAGAGAAAUGUUAGAGAUCAUUUUGAUUAAAAUCUGAGAAAAGUAUUUGGUUGUCUCUAUCUUAAUAUUAUCUAUUACAGCGACUUAAAUUCCGUAUAUCAAUUGAUAUACACUGCUUUCGCUGUUAUAAGCUCUGUCGGGAUUCUCGUAUUGGCUUGUCUUCCAUCCUAUCCGCCGGUCUACGGUAUGUCCUAACUAUUUGAUUUUUUUUUUCAUCAAAUAGCACCUAUAUAGAGCUGGAAGAAGUGACUUCUGGAUCUCAAGAAAAUCUGAUAGAAGCUGCUGAGAACAGAGAAGACGAUGUCUUCAUUCGUCGUCAAACUUCCUCUCUUCUCAACGACUUCCGUGAGUUUUGAGAUCACAAGGGACCUUUGAAAUUCAAUUUAUUUUAUUAAAAAAAUGAACGAUGAUUUUCAGAGAAAAACGUUCCGACUACUUUUUCACAGCUGAUAUGCUCGUACUUUCUAUCACCUUCAUGUAUACCGGAAUCGAAAUGACCUUCUACACGGGUAUUUUUCUAUUUUUAAACACGACUUGAAGCGCCAUGAACUUGCAAUUUUGCAAAUUGGGCUUCUUUUAGAAGUUUGGAGCUGAAAUCGAGUUAUUUGAAUUGAAAUAUAUAAUUUAUAUUUGAACUACGCCGUGACCAACAGUUUGUUUCUUCACGGCUUUGCUUAGUAAGAGUCCAGAGAAAAAUAAGGGAAUUUAAAAGUUUCGGGACAGCUCAAAGUUGAGCCAAGUUCCUUGCAAAAUGGCAAAAUUUAAGAUGAAAUAAUUUUUUAGGUGUUUUCACGGCCUGCAUCUCGGCCACGACGGCCUUGAGCGGUUACUCGGAUUUGAUCAUCCCUUACAGUGCUUUGGCUAUUGGCAGUGGACAGAUCAUAGGUAAAUUAUCAUUUGAGCUGUUUUAAAUGAAAAUCUUGACAGGUGGAAUGUUGACCGGAACGAUCACAAAAACACAUAGUAUCAGUAAAUCUCAGUUCGUUAUCUUCGGAAUGAUCGCUCACAUCGUCAGCUUUUUCCUCUGCUUCAUCAGCAUUCCUUUCGAUUCCCCACUUCACAAAAGUAACUCGAUGACCUACAUCGAGCCAAGGUUUUUCUUUGAGAUUUUGAUCAUUUUAUUCGUAAAAUUCAGCUUGGCCGUCAUCUUGCUGACUGGUUUCCUUCUUGGCUUGGCAGACGCUUUCUGGCAAACGCAAGUGUACGCCGUCAUCGGAUUGGUCUAUGGAGAUCAUUCUGCCUCCGCUUUUGCCCUCUUCAAGUUCUUCCAGGUUACAAAAAUACUUUCUUAACACGCCUCGCAAGAAAUUUACGUUUAUAGUAAGCAUCGCUGAAAGUGAAAAAUUGGCGAAAAUGAACUUGAAUGAAAUUAAAAAGUGUAUAGCUUUUCAAAUCUUAGGAAUUUCAGAGCGGUCCCUAUAGGGGUUAGGGAGGAAAACAAGCGCUAUAAGGGUCGAAAAAGUGGUCUCUAUAGAGUUUCAGGGUCUGAUCCCUUUGUCCCUAAAGCUCAAGUGGAACCUAUAGAAGUCUUCCAAUUUAAUUCAAAAAAACGCUUAUUCAUUCAUUUUUCCCUUGAAAAUGUUUCUUUGUUAUAGCUCAUAACACUGAUCGAUUAGCAUGUCCUAUAGAGAACACUAACUAAAACCCUCAUAGGGCCACUUUUGUAAGCUUUAGCGGCCCCUAUAGGGGUUGGGGAAGUCUCCAAGGCCCAUAAGGUUGCCCUUAUAAGGAUCAAUCUGGAGUUUCUAAGUUCUUUUUCAAAAAUUCGUUGAACCUUUUUUCUAGUCUGUUCAGUUUUUAAAUGUCAAGUACAAUGACGUCAUUCAAAAACACUCUAUGGAUGGCUCGCUCUCUAAUUGGUUUAUCGCUCCAAUAGGGGCGGAGCUUGAGCGACGACUUGACAUUCAAAAUCUGAACAAACUAUAACCACUUUUCAAAAUAUUUGAUUCUGUAUCUAUGAUUUACUCUCCUUUCUUUCUGAACCGAUCUUUUUAGCUUUUUGUUUAACAUUCCAUUUCAGUCCUUUGCGGCUUGCGUAUCGUUCUACUACGGAUCCCUGCUCUUCCUUCAUUGGCAACUUCUGAUUCUCGUUGUCACGUGUUUCUGCGCUUCGCUGGCUUUUGUCCAAAUCGACCUCAAAACUCGCAGCAUUGUGAACAAUGAAUGA